UGUGGUUAUGAAUUAUUCAGAAAUAGAGUCUAAGGUUCGAGAAGCAACCAAUGAUGAUCCAUGGGGACCUUCAGGACAGCUCAUGGGAGAGAUUGCCAAGGCUACGUUUAUGUAUGAACAGUUUCCAGAACUUAUGAACAUGCUUUGGACUCGAAUGCUGAAAGACAACAAAAAGAACUGGAGGAGAGUUUAUAAGUCUUUGCUGCUCCUAGCUUACCUCAUAAGGAAUGGAUCAGAGCGUGUUGUUACAAGUGCCAGAGAACACAUUUAUGAUUUGCGAUCCCUGGAAAAUUACCACUUUGUAGAUGAAAAUGGCAAAGACCAAGGUAUAAACAUACGCCAGAAGGUAAAAGAAAUGGUUGAAUUUGCUCAAGAUGAUGAUCGACUUCGGGAAGAGAGGAAGAAAGCAAAGAAGAACAAAGACAAAUACAUUGGGGUUUCUUCGGACAGUGUUGGAGGGUUCAGAUACAGUGAAAGAUAUGAUCCUGAGCCCAAGUCAAAAUGGGAUGAAGAAUGGGAUAAAAAACCAGCUUUUCCAUUCAGCGACAAGUUAGGUGAGCUAAGUGACAAAAUUGGAAGCACAAUUGAUGAUACUAUCAGCAAGUUCCGAAGGAAAGAUAGAGAAGACUCUCCAGAAAGGUGCAGUGACAGUGAUGAGGAAAAAUCAAGAAGAGGUAAAUCUCCCAAAGCUGAAUUUAAAGAUGAAGAGGAGACUGUGACAACAAAACACAUUCACAUUACACAAGCUACAGAAACUACCACCACCAGACACAAACGCACAGCAAAUCCUUCAAAAACCAUUGACUUGGGAGCAGCAGCACAUUAUACAGGGGAUAAAGCAAGUCCAGAACAGAAUGUUGCUGCUCAUACUGCACAGCCGACAGCAAAGGCCUCUGUACCCUCUGGCAGCAAGUCGUCUAAUGCCCUGGUUGAUCUGUUGUUGGAGGGAGCUAGCCAGCCAGUCUCAACAGGUGGAUCAGCUGACCCAUUUGGAGGAUUUGCUGAUUUUAGUUCAGCUGCUGCUUCAGCAAGUUUCCCAUCAUCGCAAGGUACAGCAACAAGUGGAAAUGGAGACUUUGGUGACUGGAGUGCCUUCAACCAAGCUUCUCCUUGUCCCAGUGCUUCAUCUGGAGAGCUCUUCAGCAGCACAGCACAGCAGCCAGCUAUAGAGCUCUUCAGUAGCUCACAGUCAGCUUCUGGCCAGCCUUCGACUGCUUCAAAUUCUACUGAUCUUUUUGAUUUGAUGGGCCCCUCUCAGACAACCAUGACCUCUUCACAAAGUAUGAAUUUCUCUAUGAUGAGCUCCAGUGCUGUGGGCAUCAGUUUACCCAUGUCAAGGUCACAGCCUCUGCAAAGCUUGAACACUAUGAUGCCGAAGCCUAACCCUCUUUAUAAUGCAAGCACAGAGAUGGUCCAGAAGAAUGCAAGCAAAACUCUACCCUCAACUUGGUCAGAUCCCAGCGUAAAUAUCAGUUUGGACAAUUUAGUACCUGGGAUGCAGCCUUCCAAACCCCAGCAGCCAUCACUUAAUACCAUGAUGCAGCAACAAAAUAUGCAACAACCUAUGAAUGUCAUGACUCAAAACUUUGCAGCCGUGAACCUCAGUCCUCAGCCUAAUGUGAUGCCUGUUCGACCCCAGACAAGCCCAUUGAUGGGUGGGCCCAUUCCUGUGGGGAUGGGAAUGCCCAGUGUGAUGUCAGGUACGAUGGGAAUGACCUCCGUGGGAUCUAUGCCUAUGAUGAACCAGGGAAUGAUGGGAAUAAACAUGAACAUGGGAGUGCCAGCUACAGGAAUGGGUUUGACAGGCACAAUAGGAAUGGGGGUACCCAAUAUCGCUAUGACCUGUCUGACUCCUGGGACUGUACAACCCAAGCAAGAUGCCUUUGCAAAUUUUGCCAAUUUUAGCAAAUAAAGAUUGUAAAAUAAAUAAAAUGAAAUAAAAAUAAAAUAGAUGGGC